CGCCAGUACAGAAUCGAGGAUGGACCACGAAAUAGAGCAAUUUAAAAUCAAGACUACCGUUCAGAAUAAAAACUUCGACUUCGACAUGGAAUACGCGAUUAAAUUAAAUCGCUGGUUAUUGAAGCCAUUCGGGAUUUGGCCGUUAAAUUCGUCAUCCACAAAAUUUGACAGGGGAAUAUCAGUAAUUUCUCCAUCCAUCUGUUGCCUCCUGCUGUUCUUCGUGAUGAUUCCGUCCUUCGUCGCAAUGUUCGUAAGUGAAAAAGAUUUUAAAGGAAAACUUGAGAUUGUGGGACCCACGAGUUUCAUUAUUAUGGUUGUUUUAAAAUAUUUUUUCCUUAUCACUCGUGGCGACACUCUUAAAAUGUGUAUCGAUACUCUCAUUAGUGACUGGCGUAAUGUUCAUGCAAAGCAGUAAUCUGAAAUAAUGAUCAGAAAUGCAACAAUUGCACGAUUCAUCACAACAUGCAUCUCUUUCAUAUUCUAUGACGAUGUUUUCUACAGUACCUUUUUACCUGUGUUAACAGCCAAAUCGUUAGCCCGUGGCAAUAAGUUGACUAUUAGACUAGUACUAUUUUUUUCGUGUAAUUUUAUACUUUUUGAUCCAUACGUAAGACCAAUUUUUGAAAUUGUCUACAUUGCGCAUUGCUUCUGUAGUGUCAUUGUGUAUUCUAUCACAACCGAAAUCUCCAGCCUAGCUGCAAAGUUUGUGAUACAUGCCUGUGGACAGUGCGAAAUCGUAAUACCACUGCAAAAUAUUAUUGAUAGCGAUAAGCGCUGUUUGAAUGUUGUGGAAAAAAAUUUACUGUUGUUAUUUUGCGAUAUUUACAUGAGAUCAGGUAAAAUAAUUAUCUUACAAGUAAAAGGACUUUUGGAGAGGCCACCAUUCUAUGGAUUUUUAACAAUUCUGCGAAUGAAUAUUCAAUAUAUGUAUAUAUAUAAUUCAAUAUGUAAUCAAAAUAGAAAUCUUUCCAUAUUAAUUUAUGACGAUAAACAAGAUAUGGGUAAACGAAAGUGCACUGAAGCUCAUUACUCUCUUUUUCUCUGGACGUCUGUGACCUUUAAUAUUUUUAUAUUCUAGGAUAUUGGCGAAUCAUUAAUGCAUCGUGUCUGCUUAUGA